GCUGGAGUACCUGCUGUCGAAUUUGGGGACCAUCGAGCAGGAGACGGGACAGAGCCAUACACCUGUGAAAGAAGCAACAAGUUAAACGAGAAACGUUAAGUGACUUCUUGCGGAUUAUAAAUUUGUCGUGCAACAAAACUGUAAGUCUAGAAUAUUAGCAAAUAGACUAUAGAAUAUUAGUUGUAACCGUUAGUCCUAAUUCGAUAAGAUGCCGCCGUUUUCAACGAAACUAGUAAGGGCCAGAAGGAGGAAGGGUCGCAAAAAUAGUCUGCGUGGUGAUAGCGUCAUAUUUGUGGAGGAAAGUUCAAUAGAAUCUCCUAGUAGAGGAUCUUCUUCCUCAAUUGGAAGGUUUGAACCCCGAUUACAAGAGUCAUCUCUUGUACCUGCCCAGUCCACGAUGCAGAGUUGGGGUGAGCCGGGCGGUGUAUCUGUUCCUUCUAGUAGCACGGCAAAUAACACGCUAAUGAUUCCACCUAGGCCAUUACCUUCUAAUGUUUUGAAUUCCUCUUCAGAUGCGAAUGAACAUCAGACAAAUACCUUAAAUUUAGAGUCAUUACAACCUUCCAAGGACAGUACGACUAGGGACGCGGUCACGUCAUCGCCUAAACUUUCAAAAACCUUUACGGGCACCCAAUACGAUCUAGUAAAAAGUUUUAUUCCUCAUUUUGAUGGAAAGCCGUCCCAGGUAAACCAUUUUAUUGCCCAAUGUAGGCUUGCCGAUACCUUAGCAAAAACCGAGGACAAAACACUUUUGCUCGCUAUAAUUCGGAAUCGAAUGCAACACCGGGUUUACAGGGGUAUAGUGGGUGAUGACGAACCGGAAACUGUGGAGGAAUUGAUAGCCCUGAUUAAAUCUACGUUCGCCCAAAGUUUUAAUCUAAAUGAUACUCAAAAUGAGUUGAAGACCGUACGCCGUCGUGAAAGCGAAUCGAUCGAGGAAUACGGGUUCCGAGUAAACGAUAUUUUAGAUCGUGGGGUACAGGGGGCGAAAGAAGAUUUGAGUUCAGAGGAAUUUGGGGGCAUUAAAAAAUUACUUAUGACGAGCGCGGUGGCAGGAUUUUUAGGGGGACUGGGAAAUGAUGUUGUCGCGAGUAUACUUUCUAACGAUGACGUUAAAGAUUUAAGAGCGGCAAUUAAAUUAGCGUCAAAAAUUGAAACUCAGGUGAAUUCAUCGCGGAAUUCACAGAACACCAGCGUUCCUGAUACAAAUUCCAGAGUGCUGAUCGCGGAAACGCGCGACCGCAGAUGUUUUACUUGUGGGAAGGUCGGACAUAUUUCUGUCGAUUGUCGGAUACGACGGGACCGCCGUUUCGCAAAUACAAAUCGCGACACGCUCAGGUGCCAGAAAUGCGGUAAAGCAGGUCAUGCGAGUUCGGUAUGUUACAGCAAAAAUACUCACCGUGCCUGGGUAAAGGGUUCGCAACCAGCAGUUUCUUCGACCCCCGUAAAUCGACGAAAUCCUUUAAACUCAAAAGGGCCUCCGGAAACGGGCGCGACACGGAGAGAACCCCUGAUAUCACGCGCCGGCUCCACCGCGUCUGCCGCGAAAAGGAACUAA